AAAGUCAAAAAGCUUGUUUGGGAAAUUGAAGAAUGGGAAGGUUUUUGACAACAGUCCCAGUAAUUUUAUUAAAUAAAACGAUUUUUCUAAUGAACGUUUGAGAAAUUCUCGUAAUAAAUGCAGAAAUGGUGUAAUUCAUAGGAGGGCAAGUGAGAUUUACGUCAUCGAAUUUAUUGAUCCAGAAACAGGUUAUGUUUCCAACUUUCAUAAGCAUUCUAGAUAUUCAGUCAUGGUGGGAGGUACCCAGCAUUGCUCACUUCUGUUCUUUGUUUCGAACAGCAUUUAAUUUGUUGGAUUUCGAUAUUGAGGAUCUCGAGGAAGCUCUAUUAAGUGACGGUACAGAAGAAUCAUCUUGGCUGCAAGAAUUAAUUGUUCGUCUGUUGAGUGGUUGUUUGCCAAGCAAUGAAAUCUCCACAUUUAAUUAUCAGAUGUUUUUGAGGCGUCUUUUUCGCCAGAAAUGCCAAGAACACGACCGUUAUAAUCCGUUCAAUACAGAUUGUGAUUUUACUUUGCUGCCACUAAGAACUAAAGUCGAUAUUUUACACGCUUUAUGUGAUUUUCGUUUAGAUGCUGAAGAUGUUCUAGACCAAUUGAAAAACUUAGAAGCUGACAGUUUGAGAGUGGAACCUUUAGGAUACGACGGUAAUGAGUCAGCCUAUUGGUACUUUUAUGGGACAAGAUUGUACCGUGAAGACUUCCAGAAGAAGAACAACAAGAAAAAGUCUAUUUGGCAAGUAAUUUGCUUUACUGAAGAAGAUUGGUUUCAGUUGACUAAAAAAUUUAAAAGUUCAACUUCGAAGCCUGAAAGGGCGUUACAUCACACUCUGAGUAAAAACUUCCUUCCAGAAUUGCCCAGACUGUUUAAAGAGAAGGAAAGGCAGGCUAGGAAGCGUCUGUUAGAGAACCAACCUAGGAGAACUUCAGACCGAUUAAGGAAAUUGGACAUUGAAGGUGGUGACACAGAAAUCAAAAAGGAAAGUUUCGAUAACACCAAAGAAGUCCCCAAAGAGGUUGUUGACAAAGAAGAAGACUUUGGACACAGAAGAGAGGUGCAUGAGAGGAGGUCAAAGGUAAAAAGUGAAGCAGAGGAGGAGGAGCCUCAAAUUGACAGGAAGAGCGAGGAGAGGCAUGAGAUGGCGGCACGAAGGAAAGGCAAGGCAAGACAAAGAAAAGUGUCCUCCGAUUCAAGUGAUAAAGAAAGUACUAAAAGGAAGAAGACUAAAAAUGCAUCUGAUAAAAAGGGCUCGACCACUAAACCAGCUCCCGUUGGCAGGCAAACUAACAAUUCUUUAUCGGCUGCCGAUGGACAAAUUGUCAUCCAACCGGCGGCACCCGUGACAACACAUAAAAAGAAACUGAAAACAUCACAAGUAUUUCAACAAACUGAAGAAGAUCUGCAGGUGGGCAUGCACAAAAUCUUGGAUUUUGUAAAGAAUCAUGACGAUGCUUGGCCCUUUGUUGAUCCCGUCGAGGAAGAAUACGCCCCAAACUAUUACUCCAUCAUCAGGAGGCCAAUGGAUCUGACCAGAAUGGAGGAUAAGCUUGAUCAGGGUUACUACAAAACUUACGAUAAAUUUCGUGGCGAUUUCCAGUUGAUUGUCAACAACUGUCGUUUGUAUAACGGCGUAGAAAACGAGUACACAGAAAUGGUGGAUAAUCUUCUGAAAGUGUUUGAGAAAGCGACCGAGAAAUAUUUGGAUCAAAUUUCGUCUUCCGAUGAAGAAAUAGCUGUGGAAAAUUUAAGUACCGAAGAGGACAAUAAAGAAAUAACAAAGAACCAAGGUAAACAUUCGAAGAGGAGGAAGGGACAGGAAUCGCCACCCCCUUCGCAGUCUCCGCAAUCGUCGAAAUCUUCAAAUAAAGGCAAGAAGCCAGUGCUGGCAGCCCAAGGAAAAAGAAAAGAAAGAUCGCCUUCGGUGGAAUCUCUUCCACCUGAACCGCCGGUCGAAGAAAAAACUCGAAAAUCCAAAAACAAGGCCUUAAAAGAGGAUAAAAAGACUAAAAAAUUGGAUAAAGAAUCGAAAGAGAACAAGAAAUCGGGAAAAGAAUCAAAACCAGUGGAAAAAGAAUCGAAAAAAUCGGAGAAAGAUUCGAAAAAGUCGGAAAAGGAUUCUAAAAAAUCAGAAAAACUGGAAAAAGAACACAAGAAGCAAGGCAAAGUUUCUAAAUCCAAAAAGGCCAAGUUAGAUUCGAAGAAGGAGAACAAGUUAAAAGAGAAAGAAGAAAAGGUUAAGAAAAGAGGUCGAAAGAAGAGGAAACCUGCCGAAUCCAGAAGCAGGAGCGCCAGUUCCAUGUCGCCGAGUCCGAGUCCAGCCAGAAGUAUUCUUAGUACUCCCCCUCCUUCCAGUCCUGAGUGUACCUUCGAGGAUAAAGACGAUGAGAUUGUGGCCAAAGGUCACGGCAGAAAACGGCAAUUGCAGAAUUCUGGUGAUGAUGGCGCGAGCUUCUCCGAACCGCCGUCAAAAAAAUCCACACAGAACAAGUGGAAGGACACGACAGCGCCUCCAGAUUCUCUGGCUUCACACCCCGACGGGAAACCAAGCAACGACGAGUUCCUUUCCUUCAAUCCCUUCCCUUUUUCACCGCCCAAGCCCAAGGACAAGCACAACAAGCUGCGCGAGACCAUCGAAAAACUGAAAGCGAAAAACGAGAUCUCGCGCAUCAGGCCGCCCGAGUACGAUUUCGAGGUGGACGACCAUCUGAAGGAGAACAAGGAUAAAAAUAAGAAGAGCGAUAAAGAGGAGAAGAACAAGAGUAAUAAGAACAAGCAGGAGAAACAACAACAACAACAGCCAGCGAAAAUCAAGAAAAACGUCGAAGAGUCUGAAGAUAGCAACAACGCCUCGCAGUCCGAGACGAUAAAGAAGCCGGUAAAGAAGAAGGAGCCUUACGUUCCGCCGCCGAAAGUACAGGAACUACCGCCGCCUGCUCCGGUACCGCCCAAGCCGCCGAAACAGUCAAAUUACGACGCUUUGAGUUUGGCCACGGAGCAGACUUUGAAGGACAUCAACAAGUGGCUGGACGACACGCCCAAGUUCGACUUUAGUUCGGCCAGUAAUUCGCCCUCGUACUUGGCCCUGGACGACUUUGAUUUGCUGGGAACCCCCAAGCCUGUCGAAGCCAAAAAGGCCGAGAAACCUGUUACCAAUAACGCUCCUGUUGCGCCGGCGAACGUUAAAAAAGAUGCUGCCGUACCAGCAACAAAAGAAGCUAAGAAGAAGCCUUUUAGAGAUCCUUCCAAGUUCUUCAACAAAAGGAGGGAAGUACAGAGAACCAUUGACAGGUUACAACCAGGUAAAGGUAAGGGAAAUUUGAUUACCAACGUUCAGAGCACGGCUAAAACUGAGGAAAUCUUCCCGCUGGGUCCUCUGUCGAAAAUAAAGGACACCAAGAACUCUCUCAUCGUGAAAACGGACAUGAACGCUCCGAAACUGAGUUUGGGUUCGGUUUUGGAUAGUUUUGGUAAGCACAAGUUCGUGGACGAUCCCAAAAAGGACGAGGAAGAAGAGAAAGUGGAGAGUGUUGAGAAAGAGGACGAAAAGAAACCUGAGGAGGAAGUGCAGGAAACCAAGGAGGAGAAAAAGGUUCCAGUCGAGGCUCAGAAAGAUACAGAGAAGAAGGAAGAAAAAGACACCAAACAGAACGAAGAGGUGUGCCCUGGUGGUCCCACUCCGAACCUUAGUGCCUGGUUUAAAGCUUUUGGUGCUCCCAAGGCACCUCCGCCGCAAAAGAAACCCGAAAACAAGCCCGAGUCCAAGGAGGAGGAGUCUUCGGCCAAAUCCGAAAGAGUUCCGGUGCCGGACCCCUCGCCCAGCCUGGACAGCCCUCAGCCCGUCGCGAGACAGCGGCGAAUCAGCACCGGCAGCAGCGUGUCCGAACGCUCGUCCUUCAGCCAGGACCUGGACUCGCCCAGGGUCGGCAUGGACGAACGAGGAGCGUAUCCGGCCCCCUAUCCGUCGCCGUUGCACAGGUCUCCCUCCAGCGCUUCCCCCGUAAUGGCCGCCUCGCCUCGUCCCGAUAUCUCCCCCCGUUCGGCCUACCCUUUCAACGGGCAGAUGCGGGUGGGAUUCUACCAGGACACGGUGUCGAACAAGAGCAGCCCGGACAAGUCGUGCAGUCCGCGGGACAACCCGCAGAGUCCCUACUACAACGCGAGCGACCACGUGUACGCGCCCAAUACCACGCAGAACACCCUGUAUUCGUACGCCAACUCGCCGUACUACACGCAUCCCUCGACGUACAGCAGUACCAAUCCGACGCCGCCGUACAAUACGGACGUGUCCAGUCCGGCGUACUACGAUACCAACAAGAGUUUGACUGAUCAGUAUCAGAGUAAACCAUCCCAGAACUACACUGCCAACUCGCCAGCGAGUAGCCAACCGUCACCCGCUAAUCAGCCGCAGCACUCGCCGCAUUCGCCCAUUGUAAUUUCGCAGCUGUCGCCGGGGAUUCACUCGCCGAGCGUGCAUUCGCAGCACAGCCCUACCGUGAACUCACCCCAAUUGCAAUCACCCAACGCGGCGCUUCACUCACCCGGACUAGGCGUUACCUCGCCCCAAAUGAGCGUGCAUUCGCCUCAGAUGAGCGCGCACUCGCCGCAAGUCAAUUCGCCAGGCGUGCCGCAACACUCGCCCAACAUGAACGUGAAUUCGCCGCUCCAUGCUCAGGUUAAUUCCCCUGUUAAUCCAGCCAGCGUGGAAUCUUACCACGCCCAGCAAGAGGAGAUGCCUUUAAACGAAAAUAAAGGACAACCAAACGGUAAUAAUCAGGCAGUAUUUCCUGUCAAAAAACGAGCUUUCGUCGAAAACGAUCUGGGACAGUUUGGAACGGUACCCAACGAAAUGGUCAAUAGAAACAUGCAGCUUGGUCAGCAGUUAUCGAUUCAUCCGAAUCCGAGCAACGAUCCAGAACCGAAACAGCAAAUCGACGUUCAGGGACUGUUACAACAAACCCAACUGCUACAGCAUCAACAACACAUGCAGCAUCAGAAACAAGCCCUGUUGCGGCAGGUGCAACAAAAUCAGCACCAGCUGAUGCACCAACAGCAGCAGCAGCAACAACAGAACCAGCAGAUGCAGCAGAAGAAUCAGCAACUGUUGCAGCAACAAAACCGUCAGCAACAGCAAAUUCCCAUGCCCAUGUACCCGAAGCAGUCGGAAUCUUCGCUGUCCACUCCUUCGCCUCCUAUACAAACCGGCCCGGUGCAACAGCAACAGGAUCAGAUUCAGCAACAGCAGUUGCCUUCGCACAGUUCUGCCGACACUGCCGCAACUAACUUGAGGAACAUAGCUUAUUCUACGUCACAAACAAACCCCUACGCUACACCGUAUAACAGUAGAGAAGCUUACCCGUUAAACAUACCAUCGGCCAGAACAAUUCAACAGCAUCAGCCCAAGUUGGAUAUGUCCAAGUUCACAAACAUGGGAUACACUGGGCCCGAAGUUAACUUUUCCAGAGCGUUGCAACAACAAUAUGGCCGUCCUGAACUGAACUAUACCAGGACGACAGUUCAGUCAGCGAUUUCUCAAGCGUCUCAGUUACUAACCUCCCAAGUGCCGAGCAGCGGUCAGCAACAACCCGGUGCCAAUAACCCGGCUCUGUCUAACAUUCAGAAACAGCAAAGCAGUCAGCAAACUGCUCACAGUUAUCAGGGAAACAGAUCUGUGGAAAAUGUGGCAGAAAGACUGGCACCAACUCAAGUUCAACAAGAUAUACCGUUUAAUAAACCAGAUGUAUCGACUGGACGUGGCAGUAACUACAAUUCCGCAUCGCUGGACGUCGAGCAAAGAUUGAACUUGGGAAGAAACAUUUCAAACUUGUCAAACAUCGUUGACAGAUACAGUAACGAACAAAGAAUGAUGGCGGGCUUGCAGUCAUCAGCCGGUGCAUACUACAGCGAUAAAAAUCUAAGCACGCAGCACAUGUUCAAUAAAACCAUGUCUUCGGCAUCGCAGAUAUUUAGCCAGGCAAAUAUGGCCGGUAUGACCAGUUACAGCCAGCCUAUGGCCACUUCGGCGGCCUCUAUAUACAGCAGGCAAAUGAACGAACUACAAGCUCAUCAGGCUCAAGGCGAAAUAAAGGCGAGCAGCGUGCCUGCCGCGGUUCCCGAAAAGAAGAGCAGGAAGAAGAAGAGCAGCAACAAGGCUGCCGCAGCAAGCCAAGAUAAUCAACUGAGUACCACGUCCCAAGCCUCCUCGUCGACCCAAGCCGCGCAGGGAUUUCAAUCGUACGCAGGUCUGAAGGCGCCGGCAUCCACCGGAACCUCCUCGGCCUCCAACCUCGAACCGGGAGCGAUUUCGCUGAAGACCUCGAGCGUGGUGCCGGGAAGCGCGUUCAACUUCGGUCCGGGAACCCCCGGAGCGCUGGGACUCGGAUCCGGCCUGUACGGCGAGUCGAAUUUCCUGGACGAGUUCCGUCCGCCUCCCAACUUCUACAUGGCGGCCGCCGCGGCUCAUCACCGCUCCACGCCGGAGAAUCAGACGGCCGGGAAGGGAGCGGCACAGAGCGGCAACGCCGCCGCGCAGAAUUACCCGUCGUUCUUGAACCCGGCGCAUCAGAGCAGGCCGCCCGCGUAUCCCCUGGCCAAUCCGUUUAUACCGUCGAGCGCGCAGGGAUCUCUGAUGGACACGACCAGUUCACAGUUGUACCAGCACUAUUUGCAGGCGGGCGUGCUGAACCAGGGUCUUUUGGGACCCGCGGGCACGUAUCCCUCGGGAUACCACCCGGCGCUGGCGAUGAGACAACCCUACGACUCGAUUUCGAGGCCUUCCUGGCUGUAAGCGGGCGCGUUUUAAGAAAGAUAGGUUAGGUAAGGUAGUUUCGCGGCUAUAAGUGUUCAGAUUUGUGACAUAUCACUUGGUUUUAGGUUAUACAAUAUGCAUUUAAGUCUCUACACUUUUGACCUAACGCAUUUUCUAUGUUUGAAGAUUAUAAAAUGACAUCAAAGAAUGACAUUAAUGAACAAUUUUUUUAUUACUUUGUUAAGAGUCUCUAUUCUUAUUAUUUCGGUAUUUUACAUGUAUUUUCUUUCAAAAUUUAUAUGACAGAGAUUUUCGUUUCAAAGCCAACCUUGACGCCGUUUUUCUCCAUCGUUGGUAUACAGGGUGGUCCG